AUGCCAUUAUCUAUCACUAGAAAGAGAAAAAUGGAGAGAGGGGUGGAAUGGAAAAGGGCCACAGACAAGACAAGCCUGAUCCGGCUGCGGCGGCGCUUCUCUCUCCUCUUCUUCCUUCUUCCUUCUUCCCCAGCGGAACCGAACCGCAGAUACAGAUACUCUCUCCUGGGCUGUUGCGUCGCCUCCGCCGCGCCUGCCCUACCAAAGCCAGGAAAGGGACCAAGUCCACCCAUCCAUCCCUCCUCCUUCGAUUGACUCCACCCACCCCCGCGCCUCAAUAAUCGCCGGCUCCUCCCUCUCCGUCUAGGGUUUCCCUCCGGCUCCCCGAAUCCCGCAAUCGGAGACCGCCUGUCCGCCUCCAAUGUGAGUUCCUCCGAUCCCUCCAUCUACACGCGUUUCCCUUUCUUUUUUGCUCUUCUAUUGCCUUCCUUCCCUGGCGAUUUGGUAGAAUCCGAUCGGAAUUUCGGAUUUUUCUUUCCCCUGGACGACCAUGAGCGACGACGGAGACCGCACCUGCCCGCUCUGUGCUGAGGAGAUGGACAUCACUGACCAGCAGCUCAAGCCAUGCAAAUGCGGCUACGAUAUUUGUGUCUGGUGCUGGCACCACAUCAUAGAUAUGGCUGAGAAGGAGGAAACAGAGGGCCGCUGCCCUGCAUGCCGCACACCCUACGACAAGGACAGGAUUGGAAAGAUGGCUACCACUUGUGAGAGGACGGUGGCAGAGAAAAAUGCAGAGAAGAAGCAGAAGACCCAAAAGGUCAAACCAAAGGCACCAGCAACAGCAACUGUGGAAGCUAAGAAGCAUCUGGCUAGUGUCAGGGUUAUCCAGAGAAACCUGGUCUACAUAAUUGGGCUACCUGCGAAUUUAUGCAAUGAGAGUGUACUUGAGCGCAGGGAAUACUUUGGUCAGUAUGGGAAGGUUCUGAAGGUUUCAGUUUCCCGUCCAACUGGGCCUCCUUCCCAGCAGGCAUCAGCAAACAACAAUAUCAGUGUGUAUAUUACUUAUGCCAAAGAAGAAGAGGCCAUCCAGUGUAUUCAAGCUGUACACAAUUUUGUCUUGGAAGGAAAAGUUUUAAGAGCAUGCUUUGGUACUACGAAGUAUUGCCAUGCAUGGCUGCGGAACGUGACAUGUGGAAAUCCAGAUUGUCUCUAUUUGCAUGACGUAGGCAGUCAGGAAGAUAGUUUCACUAAAGAUGAGAUCAUCUCAGCAUAUACGAGGACUAGGGUGCCUCAGAUGGCAUCCAGUGUUUCACGAAGACGUGCAGGGACUUUAUUGCCUCCUCCAGCAGAUGAUUCCUCUUACAGUGGGGGGGUUUCAACCAGGCAUGCAGUCAAGAAUGGAGCACUCAAUACCACCAACCAGCCCAGACUUUCACCUCCGAACAGUAGUUCUGAGAGGUCCAUCCUUCCACCAGCUGCUCCGUGGGGGCAUCGUGACUUGAAUGCCAGAACAACAGCUACCGGGGUGACAUCGUCACAGUCUCUUACAAAAUCAAAAUCGGAGCCAGAAAGUUCUUCAACAAUUUCAAAUACAAGAAUACCUUCUUCAUGGAAUGACGAUACAAGUACAGUACCAAACAUGUCUGAAGGAUGGCAAGUGUCGGAACAAGACAGUGCAUCUAAAACCGUGGAGCCAUAUAAGCCUGGUAUUGCGAAGGAAAUACAAGCUCUAUCAUCACUGGAGUCAUCGCUGGACAUAGACUUCUCCACAAUACCUUCAGCUUGGAAUGAUGAUGACAUUGUAGUAUCAGAUGUGAUGUCAAAAGGAAACGAGGAAAAUGAAGCUGUGAAUGGAAAUGGAAAGCUAACCCAUCUAGCGUCUAAGUCACCAAUGUUACCUAAGAAAGACACAACAGUAAACAGUACCAGCAAAAGUCCUUCAGAUUUUGUUUCAAGUCUAGCAGUAUCUAAAUCAGACGUAAAGACUGGUGAUGGUGACCACCCAGUUACCAAUAUUGCUCCUAAAAGCCCUACUUCAAAAGAUGUAAACUGCCAAUCUAAUCAUGCUGCCAGUGAGAAAAUAUUGAAAGAUAUUGGACCUAGGGACACUGAUAUUGAGAAGCUAUCUGUUCGGAUAUCUUCAGUAAUAUUAGAUAGCAAAGAUGAGGUUCAGAGUAUGGCAGGAAAUCAACAACCAGAUGCAGUGCUACACACUUCUAUUGCGGUGCCCGUGGGUCAGAAUUUUGACAAGAACCAAUCUCAUUUGAAGCUUGCUGAGCUCCUGCCUUCAGAAAAUAAGGACACUGUUCUUUCUUGUCAAUAUAGUUCUGAUAAGCAUCUUGAUUGGAGUUCAGAGCUGCAAAGUUGUAGUGUGGCUCCUUUGAAUGAUACGGUAAAUUCUUCAAUGAACACUGACAAACAUCAUAUUACGCUGCUGGAUGGUUCAGACCUACCAUCAUAUCCAUCAUUUGACCGUUUUUCUAACACAUCACAUACUUCAUUGCGGAAUGAUAAAGAAAGUAACCCUACAUUGACGAUUGGCAGUAGAACUUCCUCAAUGAUGCAGACCUUGUUGUUGUCUUCAACUGACAACACUUAUGCCUUGUUAAAUGGAGGUCAAGAUGGGCUAGGAACUGUAUAUACACUUGGUAAUGUUUCUGGGCAUCCUGGAAUGGAAAAUUAUCAGCCUGGAGCAAUGGGUUCAGUAAGAACUGAUAGCGUAGGAAGUUUUGACAAGACUGUAAGUGUAAAUAAGGAUGAGAGCAGAAUAAUUUCUGAUAUCUUGUCAUCAGAGUUUAAUCCAUGGGAUAAGUCGUACUCGACUGCUAACAAUUUUGUUAGGAUGCUUAGAGAAUCUGAAAAUAAUGAUGUGCCUUUCACCGUGCCUUCAUGGAAAUCAGGAACCAGCAGCAAAGAGUCUAGAUUUUCAUUUGCUAGACAGGAUAACCAAGGAAACUUCUUAGAUUUAUCUUUCAGAAACUGUGGUAGUGAGCAGAAUUUCAGUUUGCUAUCCCAGAAUUCUCGUGGAAAUGUUUGUCAGAAUGGCCUUGCAUUCCAUUCCCUAGAGAAUGAUUUUUCAAAUAGCAACCCUCUUGCUCUGUCGGAUAUGACUACUACUGGCACAUCAAGGUCUAAAAUAUCUGCACCUCCUGGAUUUUCAGUGCCAGCAAGAGUCCCCCCUCCUGGAUUUUCUUCUGGAUUUCCAUCCCAGGAUGGUUUGAAUCCCCCUCCUGGGUUUUCUUCUGGAAUUUCAUCUCAGUAUGGGUCUAUUCCCCCUCCUAGAUUCCCUACUGCACUUUCUUCUGGAAUUUCAUCUCAGGAAGGGGCUAAUCCCCCACCCAGAUUCCCUUCUGAAUAUUCUUCUGGAAUUUCAUCUCAGGAAGGGUCUAAUCCCCCACCUAGAUUCCCUUAUGCAUUUUCUUCUGGAUUUUCAUCUCAGGAUGGGCCUAAUCCCCCUUCUAGAUUCCCUCCUGCAUUUUCUUCUGGAUUUUCAUCACAGGAUGGGUCUAAUCAGGUGUAUGGCUCAACAUACUUAGAAACUCGUUUCCGUGAUAAUCUUUUGGGUGGCAACACCAAUCAUUAUGAACCUCAGUUAGCCAGACACACAAGUGACAUAGAAUUUAUUGAUCCUGCUAUAUUAGCUGUGGGCAAAGGGCGGAUCCCUGGAACUGGCGAUUCCGGGCUGGAGAUGAAAAAUACCCCUGGUUUUACAGCACAGUUGCAAACAUCAAAUAAUGAUCCGAUGGUUCAGUUACUCAUGCAACAGAAUGCGCAGUCUUAUGAAACCACGAGAUUCACAGAGCAUAGUCAAGGUGCAUUCAACCUUAUGAAUGAUAAUUAUAUGGCAUCCCGACUUUUACCACAGAACCAUGGUUCUCUAUCCCCUUAUGCACAGAUGCCACCCCAACAAUCUAGAAACCCACAGCUUACAAAUGGUCACUGGGAUGGCUGGAGUGAUUUGAGACAAGGGAACAAUGCUCCCAUGUCAGACAUGUCGAGGAUGCUGUAUCCAACUGAAGCGAACAACUUGCACAUGCUGGGUUCAAAUAUUGUUUAUAACAGAGCAUUUGGAAUGUGAUUGUCCGGGAGAUGGGACUUUGAUCUGACAUCUUCUAACUUGGGCGUUUCUCUGGUUCUGAAAAUAACUGGUUGCACAGAGCAUAGUAUACCUCAGCUGGAUAAUGGUGCUGUGCACAUGAGUGUUUUAUUUGGAGGGAGUGGAUUCAAAUUAACCAACAUGAACCUGAGUUUUUGUCCAGUCCUUCCAAAUACCAGGUUCUCUUUCAUGCGAAGUUGUAGGAAAGAUGCGUCCAGAACAGCAGGUGGCCGAUGAAGUACAUAUAUACAUGUGGUUUGUGGUUGCAGGUAUUAUGUGAGGGAAGGAAAGCUCAAUAAGCUGGCUUGAGAAGAUUGAAUCAACUGUGUAUGAAACAUCUGGGUUUCUUGUGUCGUCCAUAACCUAUUGGUGAUGUUGUCGUGGGUUGAGAAACCAAAAGUAAGAGUCCCCUGUUUGUACAUGAUUUGUUUCUGUAACUUGCUCCUUUUGUUGGUGCACAAGACAGGGGCUGAGCUUUUGUUGACAAAAAAAUACAUGCGGAUUGGUGUGUCUAA